AUUUAUUAUAAAAACAUACACGUAUCUUUAAUAUUACUAUUAUGACAACUAAGAGAAAAUAUAUGAUAUUAACCAUGCAGCAACGUAUGAACGUCCUGAAGGAUAUUCAAGAAAGAUCAUUGUCAAUUACAGAAAUUGGGAUUAAAUAUGGCGUUAACAUCAAAACGAUCUAUCGCAUUAGAAAAGAAGCCUCAAAAAUUAUUGCGUUCGCAAAUAAAGAUAGGCAGGAACAAAAGCGACGGAGAAUAAUGCAGCCGGUAUAUAAUGAGUUGGAUAAACAAUUAUUAGCAUGGUUCGCGCAAAGAAAAACCCUUGGUGACCAUAUAACCGAUGCUAUCAUAUUCAAAAAGGCGGAGGAAUUGAAAGAAAAUCUGCCGUCGUGUUCGGAAUUUAAGGUCAGCCGUGGCUGGUUAACGAAAUUUAAAAUACGUCAUGGUAUACGUUUCAGAAACGUCUAUCGGAAAAGAGUUAGCGCUGAUUUGAACGGAGCAUUUAUAAGAAAUUUGAAAACAAUAAUGAAGGAAGAAAAUAUAACGUUAGAAAAUGUUUACAAUAUAUACGAAAGUGGACUUUUGUGGAAGGCUCUUCCGACGAGAACACUGGCCGGAGAAGAAAAACGAAAUCUCAGCGAACAGACGGCGAGAAAAGAUAGAAUUGCAAUCGGCUUAUGCGCAAAUGCGUUAGGCACGCAUAAGAUAAUGCCUCUUGUAAUUUACAAACACGAAAAUCCAAUAGCUUUGAAACACGAAGUUUCGUUACCUGUAAUUUUUAAAUCGCAGACAAAUGCACGGAUGGACAGGACGAUAUUCUUAGAUUGGUUUGAGAAACAUUUCAAACCGUCUGUGAAACAAUAUCAGGAGGAAAAACGAAUACCGCAAAAAGCAAUCGUAUUGUUAGAUAAUUGCGAAGCCUACAAAGUUUCACAACAGGAAGACGAGGAUUUUAAAAUUAUGCAUUUACCGUCCAGCACAACGUCGAUUCUUCAACCGUUGGAUCAAGAGAUCGUAGAGAAAACAAAAAGAGUUUUCCGUCGCAAGUUCUUGAAACGUGUUUUAACGUACGAUGGAAGAAUAAAUGAGUUCUAUGCUAAUUACACAAUAAAGAACUGCGUCGACAUUUUGUCCGAGUCCUGGUCGGAGAUUUCACAGAAAAGUAUUAAAAACGUGUGGAAUAAAGUUAUUAAUCCCGCUGAUCCUUCUAAUCAGCCGUACACGGCGGUGCUUGAACCUGAUUGGCAAGACAUGAUAAGCGUGAUCACAGGCGAACCGUGCACCCCGGCGGACGUUACACAGUAUUUAUCAAACUGCGAGGAAGCAGAACGAAGGAACGAGAACGACGACGAAGAAAUAAAAGAAGAAAUGGAAGAGCUUCAAGAGGAAACGGAAGAAUUUCGGAAAAGAACGCGAGAAGUAAUUUAUGCGGAGAGCAGUGACGAAACUGUGAAAAAUGAAUUGCGCAUAAUAUUCGACAGAUUGACGUCUUACAGUGCGAGAGCACCGACUUUUAUACAAUGCGUACUGCAGGGAUUAGAAAUAUUUUUCUUGGGCAAGGAGAAUUAUAUAUGUAAGGAAUAGGGGAAACCCACCACAGUAGGCCACGAUACAUAUCUCUACGCGAUUCGCCAUAAGAUAAUUUAAUAUAGAAUGUAAUUUUUACAUUUCUCUAACUAGUACAUGCGUAAUUAUGUAUAAUAUCGAGGCAGCUUUUUAAUGUAUAAAUGUUAUAGCUAUGGAUGGGAUCAAAUUAUAUAUCGAAAAUAUACUCGAAUUUUUACGAGAAAGGUUCGAACCCCCUAUGUAAAUAUUUUGACAAAAGAACUCGCUUCGGGGUUCGAUAUCUACUUGUAUAGAAUGAAUACAUUUCAAGUAUAAUAAUCAUUGAGACCUUAUUGUUUUUAGGUAGUAAUCGAAACCCAUGAAACGAAACUUGCUCAAUGAAAUUUGUGACUCGGAUUCAUGAGUAUAUAUUAAAUUUUAUCCCAUCUCUAGUUGUAACAGCUUGUGGUGAAAGAUUACUUUAGUAUGUUAGAAAUACUAUACAGUUUAUUAUUUAUUUGUACAGCAAUGUAUUUUUCUUGUAUAGUCACAGCAAUAAUGGAAUAAAAUUAAUUACACAAUAAGUAUCAAAAUAAAUAAGUAUAAUCGAAAUUA